CCCGAGCAGCAGCCAGGGACGGGGCAACCUCAGCUGCCGCCUGGAAGGGACACGCUGCGCUUUCGCACCGUGCACUUAAUUUUUUUUUUUUUUUAAUAUUCCUUCUCCUUUCUCCUCCCUCCCGAGAGGAGGGGGGGAAGCCCCCAAACCGGAAUGCUCUGACUUUUGCUGCGAGUUCCUGCACGCCCAGCUCUCCAAGAGGAGUGGAGCGGGGGGCGGGCGAGAAAAAGCUGCAGGAGCUUUUAGUUAGCGAUAAAGGCGCUAGUCCCUACGUAUUUUGGAGCAUGCAUUCGCCUCCCGUGGAGUAGCCGCCGCCGCCGCUUUGAGAGGCGGGUGCCUUGCAAGACACCCCCCUCCCCUCCUCCUCCUCCUGCUGCUGCUCCUGAGGCGUGCCGCUUGCUGUUCUUUCGCUUCUGGGAAACCACCAUGGACAGAAAGCAAGAUCCAAAAGGAUCCUUGGAAAAACACAAAAGGCGAAGGAGGAGGCCGCCCGGCUUAGAGCCCUUCGUCCACAGGCCACAGCCGGCCCCCCCAACACCUCCCAGAAACCUAGAUUCCAGGACGUUUAUAACCGUUGGAGAUAAAAAUUUUGAAGUAGAAGCUGACGAUUUAGUGAGCGUUUUGGAGUUGGGGAGAGGUGCUUACGGAGUGGUGGAGAAAGUAUGGCACGAGAAAAGCAAAACCACCAUGGCCGUGAAGAGAAUCCGCGCCACUGUGAACACUCAGGAGCAAAAGAGGCUGCUGAUGGAUUUGGACAUCUCCAUGCGGACGGUCGACUGCUUCUACACCGUCACUUUCUACGGCGCCCUUUUCAGGGAGGGUGACGUUUGGAUCUGCAUGGAACUGAUGGAUACGUCUUUGGAUCAAUUCUAUAAGAAGGUUCUAGAGAAGAAGAAAACGAUCCCUGAAGACAUAUUAGGAAAAAUAACUGUGUCGAUCGUACGAGCUCUGGAGCAUCUGCACAGCAAACUGUCGGUGAUUCACAGAGAUGUGAAGCCGUCCAAUGUCCUAAUCAAUAAAGAAGGACAUGUCAAAAUGUGCGACUUCGGAAUCAGUGGUUACUUGGUGGAUUCGGUGGCAAAGACCCUGGAUGCAGGCUGCAAACCUUACAUGGCACCAGAGAGAAUAAACCCUGAACAGAAUCAGCACGGGUAUAAUGUGAAGUCGGACGUCUGGAGUCUCGGGAUCACCUUGAUCGAGAUGGCAAUUCUCCGCUUCCCGUACGAGGCCUGGGGGACCCCUUUUCAGCAGCUCCGGCAAGUGGUGGAAGAGCCUUCCCCUCAGCUCCCUGCCGACCGGUUCUCAAAGGACUUCGUGGACUUCACAGCACAGUGUUUGAGAAAGAACCCAGCUGAACGGAUGAGCUACCUGGAACUCAUGGACCACCCUUUCUUCACCUUGCAUGACGCCAAAGUGACUGAUAUGGCCUCCUUCGUGACAGAAAUCCUUGGAGAAGACUCUUAAACAGGACACGCCGCACCGUUGAACAAAGAGCCAGCUUCACUCUCUGGGCCUCUGCUGAGGAAGAGAAGGAACUUAGGACACUUUAGCAUUAACGUUGGUGUGCCCCAAACCAGUUGAAAAUCUUCGCCGCGCCCUCCCUAAACCAGCUUUUUCUCCUCUUAUCGCAUUGGACUCCUGCCGUUUUAAAAAAGAGAGGCUCUGUGAGUUACACACUUGCACCAGGACAUGUUGGUUACGGCCUGCAACUGCGCACCUUCUGCUGAGAGCUGGGGACAGCAGCGGACCUGGCCUUGUGAGCAUUCCAACUCGCCUCCCGUUUGGGGUUUGAGAAGCACUCUGUAGUGCCGUUUCCCUGACAUGUGCUGCUUUCUCCACGUGUCACCUGUCAUCAGUGCUUCAAAAGGCCGGCGCUGUGCAUGCACAAGAGCAGGCCACGCUCCCAGAAUGCGGGCUUGUGGCCUUGUAAGCAUGUCCUCCAAGCUGUCAUGGGUCAGUUAGAAACAUCCAGCCAAGUUCUGUGGUUGAGUCUUUCCUGGACCGUACCACUUCAAGGCUGCAGGCAGAGAAUUGCGUGUUUUUUUGUUUGUUCUGAAAGCUUCUCCAUGCAAAGAACUCCCCGCAUGUAGAAAGCUAGCACUAGAGGGAGAGGACUGGAUUAGAACCUUGAGGCGCUAGUCUUCAACAUGUCUCGGAGCUCUCCUUUUGGUGCCAAAAUCUGGUCUGGAAAAAGUGUCAUUAGAAGCGCCUCAUGGCAAACGGCGAAUCUUUCACGGAGGAUGGAUUCAAAUAGUUGAAUCUGCACUUGGAGCUGGCAGGGUCCUCAUGGGGUGAUCUUCCCAUCCCCACUUCACUGAGCCUCAGUUUGUAUGAAUGCUCUGUCCAUUCACCAAAUUGCAGCUUUGUGGCUUGCCUCUUUCCAAAGGCGUUUGGGAGGCAGUUGAGGUAUAAUUCCACAAGUUAAGAGUGUUUGCUAUGCUGCCUCAGACUGAGGCUCAGCCAAAUGUUUCUGCAAUCUUCACCAGCAGGUUGUGAAGGGAAUGGCCGCCGCCUCUUGUCCCUCAUGUCCAGGCUGUUACUGCCUCUGACCAUGGAGGCUCUAUUCAGCCAAUGUAGCUAUUUAUAGACCACAGAUCACUGGAUUUCGUCUUACCUCUUUAAAAAAAGCCAACGAUCGUUUUGAAUGACAAUGAUAUGCAAAAAAAAAAUUACAGCCUAGCCCAAAUGAAUUUUCAAAUGAAAAGCAGAUGAGGAGAUUUAAUGUUUAAGUGCCAUGAAAAGAGCGGGGUGCCCCCCUGCUCAAACUUGCCUCCCCUCAGCUUCUCCUGCCUGUGGGAUUCCAGACAUUUCUAUCCUCCUAAACAUGCACCUGAGCCCCUGUGAGCAGAAAAAGCAGCUUGUGGGCCAUUUUGUGGAGGAAGACGCCCGUAGGAGAGGGUUAAGCAUCCUUUUGGCUUACGUGUCCUUGGCCAUGUCCCCCCUCGGUUGGAACUUCAUCGCACACCGUUGCCCUUUUCCAAUCAACUUACCGCCAGCCUUGGCAGUAAGAUAAAUUCCUCAUUGGUUGGACACACAGUGGAAUAUAUAAAUGUGAGCCCACCUCCAGGCCCCCUCAGAGUGAUCUUUGCUUCCUUUGAUUGGCAGAUGCCGAGCCAGACCACUCAUCCAGGAUUCUCAAGCUUGUCUCCCCAAGUGCUGUUGGACUACAGCACCCAUCACCCCCUACCACAAGCUUGUUGUAGGGGGUGAUGGGAUUUGUAGUCCACCAUCUGGUUUCUCUCCCCCCCCCCAAAAAAAACCUUUGAGAACCCCUGGACUAGUCUGACUAGUGUAGAGCAGGGGUUCUCAACGUUGGGUCCCCAGAUGUUUUUGGACUUCCAGCUCCCAGAAUCCCCAGUCCCAGUGGCCUUUGGUGGGGGAUUAUGGGAAUUGAAGUCCAAUAACAUCUGGGGACCCAAGUUUGAGAAUCCCUGGUGUAGAGUGAUCUGCUCUGACUCUCAGUGGAUUUCUGCAAGUCUCGGGCAGAUCUCUUCCUAGUUGAGCUCCUGAUUUGAGAUGCCAGGGAUUGAACCUGGGACCUUCUGCAUGCAACCUGUGUGCUCUGCCGCUGUGCUGAAGCCCUCUUCCAGUUACUCGUCUGUAUCUGCCCAAAGGUGCACGCCAGCAGAUCUGCACGGAUUGCUGAUGGAAUCCUUGACUUCCUCCUUGAUUGUAAUCUAAUGAAAUGAACUUGAGUUCCUCUCGGGGAUCCUGUGAAGACCAUAAAGUUCUGCCGCGGAGAGUUUGCUCCUUUUCUGCUCGGCUUUUCACCAAAGUGCUUCUUUCAAACCUUUCUCUUCCCAUCCCCCCCCCCCAAGCACAGAAAGAGGAAUUAAAAUCUGACUUGAUGCAGUUGAAGAAGCUCCCUCUGGAUCAGGACUGCAUGUUGACCCUCCCAGCUGUUUUGGGGCUACAGCUCCCAUAAUUCCCAGCCACAGUGGCCAAUAGCCAGGGAUUGUGGGAGCUAUAGGCCAACAUCUGCAGGAGGCCCAAAGCUGAGAGCCCUGCAGGAGAAAUAGCUAGAGUGUGUGCGUGGGAACCCUGGGUCUGAUCUUGGAAGGGUUCGCACUAUUGCCACCUGAGUGCUGCAGAACUGGUUGUACAAGCUCAGUCCUGCUCUAAAUCCACCCCACCCCACAUGAAAGCAACACUGGGGGGGGGGGGAACCCUUCCCCCCCUUAAUAUAUUUGUAUAUAUAAAUUAUAUUUUAGAAACUCAGUUUUCCAUGUUUGGAGAUAGAUUCAGCAACUUAUAAGGAGUCUUUGGGAGAACAAUAAACUUUUUUUUAAGGAACGCUUUGAGGACUGUUGGGGGGUGCAUAUCUGUAAAUAGCCACCUCUUUGGUAAGCAGAAAAUCCCUGUCUUCUUAUAACUGUGCCCUGAUCUUUAGAAACGGCCUUUGCUGUAAGUGGAGAGGAAAAUAAGCUUCCUUCUCUUUCUCCGUUGCACUGCAGUGUUAGAAGUUCUCAGCCUUAACAGAUCCCAUCACCACACCUUGUGCCAGCAAAUUGCAUAGAUCGGGAGUUCUCAGCCAUGGAUCCCAGGUGCCAGACUACAACUCCCAUCAUCCCCUGCCACCAUGGCUAAAGGAAGAUGGGAGUUGAGUUCCAACAACACGUGGGGACCUGUUGCCACGAAUUAAGAAUGCUUUAUUGUUUAAAGAAGUACUUUUUCAUCUGUCCCAGGCUUUCUCUCCCUUGUCGCAAGGCCUUCGAAGCAAGAAAGAAAAUCUUGCAGAAUGUUUCUCUCUCUUGUUCUGCGCUCGGACAGACCACUGCACUUUCUCACAAGACGCACUGCAGGCGUGACGCUACAGGCUUUGAAUUGCAGACUCUGUGCCUUUCUGUCUCGUUUUUGUUCUUGAUCUAUUUUGAGUCGUGUGGUUCUCGGCCUUUGGGGAGUGGAUUUCUUAUGUGUUUCCUUUGAUGCUUGUGGACGAUGGUUUUUCUUUGUUAGCUGCAUGGUUUUGGAUUUUAAGCUUCUCUUCCCAGUUUUCUCCUCUUUCACCCCACUUUCAAUAAAAACAUGGUCCUGUCAAGGCAAAAGACUCCAUUCUGAACACUGCAAAAGAAAUGGAUGUGUUGGACGUGGGAUGCAUGAACUAGGUAUUUUCAGAGCAGAGACCGCCUUCACAUACUUCAGGAGGUCCUCAAACUUGGGCCCACAGCUGUUUUGGACUACAGCGCUCAUCAUCCUUGUAUCGAAACUUGAAUAAAGGCCCCAUCCAUCACAAUCCUCAUUCACUAUGACUGGGGACGAUGGGAUUUGUAGUCCAAUAUCUGAGAACCCAAGUUUGAGAACCCUUGAUAUACUGGGCUAAUAUUCAUUCCCAGAGUGUGACUUAACCUGCUCUGUUCUUCCUUCCUUGUAAAUCAGGGAUUCCCAUCCUUGAGCCUGUAGAUGUGAUUGGACUGCAAUUCCCGUCACCCCUAGCACAGGAGCCUGGGGUUUAUGGGAGCUGUAGUCCAAGAUCUUGGGGACCCAAGGUUACCAACCCCUGCUAUAACUGACCUCCUGAAGAUAGGAGAUGGUUUCUCUUUUUAAAAAGGAUUUGGUGGACUGUCUAUAUAACUUGGCUAUUUGUCUUCAAUUGCAUAUGCCCCAAGCCCAGUUUCUAAUGUGAUCCUUCUUGAAGAUAUGAUAUUAAAAAUGAAUUUUCAUCGA